AUGUCCUAUGCUAUUAACAUCAACGAAGACAUUAUUGGCCAUAUCUCGCCUUCUCGGGGUUUGCGGCAAGGGGACCCACUUUCCCCUUUUUUGAAUCUAGUGUGUGCUGAGGGCUUGACUUCUCUUAUUAAGCGUGAUAUUGGAAGAGGGACAAUCUCGAGACUUCAAUGUGGCAGAAGGGGUCCGGUGAUUUCACAUCUCUUGUUUGCGAAUGACUGUUUUUUCUUUUUGGAAGCCUCGGUGGCUAGUUGUGUUCGAUUUAGAGAAACUCUACAUCAGUACGAAAAUGCUUCGGGACAACUUGUGAACUUGCGUAAAUUAGCGGUAUGCUUCUCUUCUAGUAUUCCUCUUGAUUUUUGUGAGUAUCUGGCCCACAUUCUUGGGGUCCCGCUUGUUCCUUGUCAUGAUAAAUAUCUUGGGUUGCCUUGUUUUGCAGGUAAAAGUAAAAGUGGUCUGUUUCAGUCGAUUAAAGAUAAGAUUUGGAAUAAACUUUUUGGCUGGAAGUCGAAGAUUUUCUCUUCUGGGAGGCGUGAAGUGUUGUUAAAAUCGGUUAUUCAGGCCAUCCCCACUUAUGCCAUGAGUCUGUUUCGUUUACUAGUCGGUCUUAUUAAUGAGAUUCAUCGUAUGUGUGCCACUUUCUGGUGGGGUGGGGAUAAUGAUAAGAAAAAGAUGCAUUGGUGUACAUGGCCUCGUCUCUGUUGGCAUAAGAAUGAUGGGAGUUUAGGCUUCCGGGACAUGUUUCCAUUUAAUCAGUCUCUUCUGGCUAAACAGGCUGCUCGGUUGUAUAACUCUCCUGACUCCCUGGCGGCUAGGAGUGGAUAUUGGAGUACCGUGUCCAGGUUGGGGUGGGGCCAAGCUUUGGGCUCCUUAGGCUCCUCUCGGUGGUGGAAACUUCUUUGGCAGCAGAAUCUUCCGCCUAAGAUAAAAAAAUUUGUAUGGAAGGCAUGUCUGAAUUUCAUCCCGGCUUAUGCCAAUUUAUCUCACCAUGGUUUGAAGGUUUCCACUGUAUGUCCAAUUUGCUUUCAGAAUAACGAGACUACUAUUCAUGCUCAUUGGCUCUGCCCUUCUCUUAAGUCUAUUUGUUCAGGCUGGGUUUUGAGUGGCCUCGACUCCUUGAAGGACGCUUCUUGCUAUUAUGAGUUGUUACUGGGGUGUAUGGAUACAUUGCGGCGACAGGAACUUGAGCUGUUUAUAACCCUUGGUUGGCGAAUUUGGAAUAGGCGAAAUACCUUUGUGUAUGAUCACAAGCUCGUCUCUGACAACAUGGUUAGUGCCUGGGCCAUGAAUUAUUUAUGGAAGUAUCAAGAUGCUAAUAAUGUUGUGCCAGUUUCUAUGGGUCCGGCUCCUAGCAACGCGAGUAAUCGAUCGGCCUCAUCGGAUACUGAUCUGGUUCUUGGUGAGUUUAAUUUUUUUGUGGAUGCUGGGGUUUGUGUUGAGAACCGAAAAAUAGGGAUGGGGGCUUUGGUUUCCAAUCGUAUGGGGCAUGUCCUAUUCUCGAGUGCGGCUCCUUGCGCGGGAUUGUUGGAACCUCACGUUGUUGAAGCCAAAGCUCUGCUUCAUGGGCUCUCUUGCUGCGUGCAAAUUGGGUAUACGGUGAUUACUGCUUUUUUUGAUUAUCAGCGAGGAGUUCUGCCUGUCAAUAGUAGGGCGCCUGUCUCAAUGAAAUUGUCAAAGAAUCAUGUUGCUCAUUCUUUAGCAAAACGAGCGUUAGAUUUAGAUGAGGCUUGGGUGUGGUGGCCGAGCUUGUCCACUGAUUUAGCGGUUUAA